CAACAGCUGUCACUACACGUGAUUGUGCAAUUGUUGAUGCUGUUGUUGUUGCUGUAAGCGGCAGCCAGCGCACGCUGCUCGGCAAUAAUUUUGUAAAUAAAUUGUGUGUUAUCAAAAUUCGAGUAUGAUGUGCAAACGUUUUUACAAAAUUCAAAAUUAGAAAACAACUUUCUUGGCCCCCUUCCCAACAAUAUGGAAUCCGCUGACUAAUUGCGUUUGAGGAGACCAUGCUAAAUUUCAGACAAAACGCAAUUCGCAAUUGACAAUAAUUUGGUAUUUACUGUAUAAAAAAGGAUAAAGAAAAAGGAAAACAUGCAAGUCCCGCGUCGAAAACUACGCAUACUGCUCGCCCUGGGUAAAUAUACUAUAUAUCGCCAUGCGACAACCGGCACUGGAUCUGGAGCCAGCGUUGGUGCCAGUCGACCUGGUGCACUGCAAAAGAUGCGCGAAUGGCACCGGAAUGCAUUCAGCAAUAAAUUUUUGCUUUUCACCAAUGUUGGCAUAUCGCUAACGCUAAGCUCCGUGGGCGAUAUACUCGAACAGCAACUGGAGCUCUACAAUAAAGAGAUUGAGCAAUAUAGCAGCAUACGCACUCGUCACAUGGCAACCAGCGGCGUGGCCGUUGGUAUCAUCUGCCAUUAUUGGUAUCAGCUGCUGGAUAAGUACCUACCAGGCAGAAGUAUGCGUGUGGUGGCCAAAAAGAUUGUGUUAGAUCAAUUGAUAUGCUCACCAUUAUAUAUCUCUGCUUUCUUUGUGACGCUCGGUAUAUUGGAGAAGAAGCAGGCACAUGAGGUGUGGGAGGAGAUCAAGGAGAAGGCGUGGAAGCUGUAUGCAGCUGAAUGGACCGUUUGGCCGGUGGCACAAUUCGUUAACUUUUAUUGGAUACCCACACAUUAUCGCAUUUUCUACGAUAAUGUGAUAAGUCUGGGGUAUGAUGUAUUCACCUCAAAGGUGAAACAUUCACCAUCCACACAUCUCCCAGCCACCACCGCCGCCGCCUCGUCCGUGAAAUUGCUGAAGACACAACAGGCUUAGCACAGUUUAUGCUUAAUUUUACUGCCUUCUAUGCCUCCAUUGCUCUAUUUUUUCUUUAAUAAAAUCCGAUAUGUAUAUAU